GCGCUCCACGCCCAAGGGCUGGUUGUAGCGGCACGCGGCUGCGCGGGUGCGCCGCGGCGCGCGGGUGCGUUGCCGCUGUACAGUAUUGAGAGGGUCGGGCAGGGGCGUUCCGGUUUCAGAUGGGUUUGGGGCGUAUCAGGACGGGGGCGUGUUUCGGGCGUGGGUGUGACGUGGCGGGCGUUGCUUGUGGGAUUGCUUGGGGCAAGGGUGCGCCCGCGUCUCGAUGACUAUGCUCCUGGCUCGACGCCGGUGGUGCCGGUGGGGCUCGCCGCUGCUGUUGCUGGCGAUGAGAGGCGCUGCUGGGUAUACCUCACCCUUCUUCACGUCACCCGCUAUUGUACAGCGCUAUGGACGCGCCGCGCCGUGCUGUGCUGUGCUGUGCUGCGCACACGCUCUUUUGCUUUCGACUCACGACGCAAUGCUUUCUUACAUACGUAUUCCCCUUUUCUUUACCGUAGCUAGCGCACCGUAGAGUGUAUGCAUACCUUUCAUG